AUGGCUCAAGAAAAGGAUAGGCUCAAACAGAAAAUCCGAACGCUUCCUCAGCGAAAUUCCACAAGAAAACAAAUUGCCGCUUACGCAAAAAAUCCGGCCAACAAACCCAGACUUGACUUCCUUCCCACUGGCACCGACCCUCAGCCAAAAAACUCCGGAAAAAGUAACAUGGAAGUGUCAGAAGAAAUCUUGGGUGGUUCUCGAGCAAAGAAAAUGCAGUUUCCCUGGCAGAUCUUCUUGGAGGUCGACGGCAUUUGGGUUUGUGGCGGAUCGAUCAUUUCCAAAAACUGGGCUCUGACCGCCGCCCAUUGCGCCUAUCAGGCAUCAAUUUUCGUCGUUUCUGCGGGAGGUAUUGACAUCAAAAGGAGCGAGACGGGCGAGCAAAAGUAUACGUCGUACAAGGCGAUUGUCCAUCAGAACUACUCUGACAAAUGGCUGAUCAAUGAUGUAGCCGUGAUCCAAGUUGCUCUCGUUUUAGAUGAGUUUGUUGGUGCAAUUCGUCUGCCAAAACAAUCGCAAGCAAGCAACCAAUUUGCCGGUGUUACUGUAACCGCGUCAGGCUAUGGCAUCACGAGAAACAACGGUGACGUGAGCAGGUUCAUGAAUUUUGUGAAUCUGCAAACAAUCACCAACGCAAAGUGCGCAGAGUCUUAUGGAGCCGAUUUCAUAAUAUCGUCGAUCAUUUGCACCGGAGCUCACCCGACGAAAUCCGUUUGCAGCGGUGACAGUGGUGGCCCUUUGAUGUACAAGGAGACGGAUGGGAAGUACACGCAAAUCGGUGUUGUCUCUUUUGGAGCGGCUUACUCGUGCAACAAAUAUCCUGCGGGAUAUUCCAGGGUGACCAGUUUUUUGGGUUGGAUAUCCGCAAACACCAACAUCAAGAUAAACAAGUGACUCGUAAAAUAUGAGAAUCUUUAA